UUAGUCAAACGUCUUUGUGGCCACCCUGCCUGGUCAUCUCAGACCUAACUUAACAAAUUUGUGCAAAAACAGCCCCACAAGAUUUGUUGAUGGCCCCAGAUUUAAUUAACUUUCUAAAUUAAUAAUGCCGAGCUUGAUAAAUCACUUUGUUGUCGGGCUAUUCCGAAUUUUGGCCGACGAGAAAGAGGAUACGAUGGUAUCAGCUGUGUUCCACAUGUGUAGCAAUUCUAUUGGUGAUGAUGAAUAACCUCAGUUUCUUUGUUAUCAUUUUGUGCAAAUGAAAAAAUGAAAAGCGAGGAGUUUAAUGGACGAUCCGAAAAAAUACGGGGCAUUGAUGAAUAUUCGAGGAUGGCUUUCGAGGACAGACUUUUGCCAAAGUAUAUCAAGAUAACAUUGGUUGUCAGCACAUACUGGAUCAUUUCGAUACUGACAGUAUUCGUGAAUAAAGCUUUACUAUCGAGUAAAACGAUAAAUUUGAAUGCCCCAUUAUUCGUAACCUGGUUCCAGUGUAUUGUCAGUACAUUGAUAUGUUUUUCUCUCAACAAAUUGGCCAGAAUAUUCCCGAAGACUAUUUCAUUUCCAAAAGGGAAUCCAUAUACCAAAGAUAACAUAAGAAAGGUUCUUCCGUUAUCCAUUUUAUUCACUUUGAUGAUAGCUAGUAAUAAUUUAUGUCUGCAACAUGUUGGUGUGGCUUUCUACUACAUCGGGAGGUCAUUGACAACAGUAUUCAACGUGAUUUUUACGUAUUUAAUUCUUGGUCAGAAAACUUCCUUUGGUUGUAUAGUAUGCUGCGGAGUAAUAGUAGCAGGAUUUUGGCUAGGUGUGGACCAAGAGAACAUAGCAGGAUCUCUGUCUAUAUCCGGAACUGUCUAUGGAGUUUUGGGAUCGCUAAGUCUGUCUUUAUAUUCCAUUUACACAAAGCGCAUACUGCCCCUGGUUGAUCAAGAGAUCUGGCUCUUAUCGUACUACAACAAUGCUUACAGCAUAUUUUUAUUCCUCCCACUGAUGAUUCUCAGCGGCGAGUACAGUGUGAUUUAUAACUAUGACAAACUAGACACCACAACUUUCUGGCUUGCAAUGACAAUCGGAGGGAUCUGUGGCUUUGCUAUUGGCUAUGCCACGGCUUUGCAAAUCCAGGUGACAUCACCACUGACUCACAACAUCAGUGGAACUGCUAAAGCAUGUGCACAAACCGUACUAGCUAGUUAUUGGUUCAACGAAUCCAAGCAGUUGCUCUGGUGGACAAGCAAUUUUAUUGUGCUUGCAGCAUCUGCUGUGUAUGCACGACUCAAGCAGCUUGAUAUUGAGAAGAACCACAAACAAGCGAAAAUCCUUCGACAGGAGAAAGCUUGAUAAAUGAGAUAUUGUCUUAUCAAAUUAUGACCUGGACAUGCAUUUUGUACAGCAUUGAAAGUUAGUGCAAUAAAUCAUUAUUUUUAUGUUGCGAAGGCUUCUCUGAUGGAGGAGAAGAAUGAUAUGAGAUUUGAAGAGAAUAAAAACAGAUUUUCACAUAAA